UGCAUACUAUGGGACUAUAGACUUAUAUGCUACACUGCCAUGUGCUAACAUAGUUCAAAUGUCUGAUCAGGCAUCGGUCUGUCGUGUAAUAUGAUAUGUGAAUGCUCAUAAUUCCGUCUGGUUCCCAAGCACAGUACGCCGUUUACUACUGGUUUAUUACAGGCACGCAUGAUGCAUGAGCAGAACCUCGGAGAGAUUAAAGAGGCUAAAGGUGAAAAGGCUGGAAGACACCCGAACAAGCAUUUGAGCGAGCAGCUGCCAUAUUUCCGAGUCCGACAAGCUCUGCUCUGCUGCACCUCCUGAAUAAUGAAUGAGCGACGCGCACAUUGCGGCUCUCUCUGCGGCUGUGAGGGAGGCGGGCGUUAUGACGCGGCGGUGACGCGCAUGCAGGAGUUUUAAUCCUGUGCCGCAGCAGCACAUCAGAUCCGCCGGUAACGCGAGGAGGGGGAUGCGCGGUCGGUCGGACGGCUAGAACGGCUAAAAUAAGCCGCAGACAAUUAAAUCGGCGAACAAUAUUUACAGUGCGUAAAAAGGCGACCGAAACUCCUCCUCUCUCGCUCCAAACAGGCUGUAGGAAGCUACAGGACACAGUGCCUCUCUUAUUGUUCUUGAGCUGGCCUGGGAAUAGGAGAGCUGCGCUGUUUUGACGCAGUUAAAUGGGUGAUUACGGGUUCGGUUUGUUGCAGACAGCGAACAUCAGCAGCGGCUCCACACGGUUCGGCGGAGGCGCAUUCACACCCUAUCCCAGCGCGUCCCCGGUGCGCCCCAGCAGCUCGCCCCUGGUGUCCCCUCUCUUCCCGUCACAUCAGCGCAACAUGCAGGAUGAGCCUGCGGGUCUGACAGCUUCUCAGUCCGACAGCGAGCAGACCAGCGCCGCCGACAGCGACCCGAGCCGCUUCUCCGCUGUAGGUCACGCACAGACAGCCGGUGACCUUCAGCGCGACCGGAACACACAUCAGCAGACUGAUCCGCCGCCGCAGCAGCCGUACUCCUCCUCCUCCUCCUCUUCCUCCUCCUCCACGGGCCUGGACACUAAUGCGCCAUCGUCCAAGGUGAAGCCCCAGAUGGAGUCCCCCAGCGCGCACCACAUCAACAACGGCACUGGCGGCAAUAACAUGCUCGCGGCGGCCGCGUUCCCGGAGAUGCAGAGCCCCGGCGGCGGUGGCGGCUCGGUUUCCCCCUCCCUGCCCGCUUUCGGGACGCCGUGGUCUGUGCAGACGAGCUCCCCGCCUCCACCCGUCUCCAAUGCCGCUAACGCAAUAAACCAGAUCCCCACCACCGAGCCUGACAACUUCUACCCCGGCAUCCCCUCCUCUAUCAACCCGGGCUUCUUCCAGAGCUUUUCGGCGAACCCGUGCCCGGUGCAGGGCUUCAGCAACCCAUUCUCCCCGCAGAUCAACGCGCCGCCGCAGAGCCGCCGGUCCCCGCUCAGCCCGCAGAUGCCCCCGCAGCAGGGCGCCUUUCUGCACCAGAGGAACAACUACAACCACCACCAGCCCAUGAUGAAGCAGUCGCCGUGGGGCAGCCAUCAGGGCAGCGGCUGGACCUCUGGAGGGGUGUCCUGGGGCAGAGACCACCGGCGCGGGGGCGGCAUGGGUGUGCCCGGCUCGCUCAACCAGAUCUCUCCCAUGAAGAAACCCUUCUCCAGUAACGUCAUCGCCCCGCCCAAGUUUCCCCGUUCCGCCGGCUCUCUGGGACCUAAAUCCUGGAUUGAAGAAAACAUGUUCCGUACCGACAACAACAGCAACACUCUGCUGCCGCUGCAGGAUCGGUCCAGGAUGUACGACAGCUUGAACAUGCACUCGCUGGAGAGCUCCCUGAUUGACAUCAUGAGGGCGGAACAAGACCCCCUGAAGGGCCGUGUGGGAUGCCCCCACCCAGCCGCUGAUGGCCUACUCAUGCUCAAUGCCAGGAGCUAUGGGAGACGACGAGGACGUUCCUCCCUCUUCCCCAUUGAUGACGGCCUUCUAGAUGACGGCCAUGGAAACCAGGGGGUCCUGGGGUCUCCUCACUGUUACCCCCAUCAGAACGGGGAGCGCAUCGAGAGGUUCUCCCGCAAAGUGUUUGUGGGCGGUCUGCCCCCUGACAUCGAUGAAGAUGAAAUCACAAGCAGUUUUCGGCGCUUUGGUCAUCUGGUUGUUGACUGGCCGCACAAAGCAGAGAGCAAGUCUUACUUCCCCCCUAAAGGAUAUGCCUUCCUCCUGUUCCAAGAGGAGAGCUCAGUUCAGGCACUGAUUGAAGCCUGUCUGGAGGAGGACGGGAAACUCUACCUGUGUGUGUCCAGCCCCACCAUCAAAGACAAGCCCGUCCAGAUUCGUCCCUGGAAUCUGAGUGACAGUGAUUUUGUAAUGGACGGAUCUCAGCCACUGGACCCCCGCAAAACCAUCUUUGUAGGAGGAGUGCCACGUCCACUCAGAGCUGUGGAGCUGGCGAUGAUCAUGGACCGCUUGUAUGGUGGGGUGUGUUAUGCAGGUAUUGACACUGAUCCAGAGCUCAAGUACCCAAAGGGGGCGGGGCGUGUGGCCUUCUCCAAUCAGCAGAGCUACAUUGCUGCCAUCAGCGCCCGAUUCGUCCAGCUGCAGCAUGGCGACAUCGACAAACAGGUGGAGGUGAAGCCGUACGUGUUAGAUGACCAGCUCUGCGAUGAAUGCCAGGGGGCACGUUGUGGCGGAAAGUUCGCCCCGUUCUUUUGCGCCAACGUCACCUGCCUGCAGUAUUACUGUGAGUUCUGCUGGGCAAAUAUCCACUCCCGCGCCGGACGCGAGUUCCACAAGCCUCUGGUCAAAGAGGGAGCCGACCGUCCCCGCCAGAUCCACUUUCGCUGGAACUGAAGACAGGGAUCCCGGGAACGCCGGGAGCAGCAGCAUGCAAGGCGAUGCAGAAACAACACAUCUGCUGCGGGAAGAAAAAGAAGCUUAGUUUGGCCCCUGAACCCAAGCUGUCAGUAUAGAGUACAUAACCAUAUACAUUAUAGAGAGAAUAUAUAUGACUCUAAAUAUAUAAAUAUAUCUUUAUCUUUUGUAGCAGCCAGAAACACUACACGCCUCAGUUUAAACUCACUACAAGUUUAUUUCACCAUACCACUUCUUUCUCCUCCCUCCCUGCACAUCUCAGGCUCGGAACAGAGUUUUUGUGGUGCGUUCGUGUUUUUUAAAAAGGAGAUUAAGAAAAAAAAAAGAGAUUGAUUUUUUUGUAGUUUUUUCAAAUUAUUUUUAUAUGUGAGAUUUAAAAAGUAGAAACGAGAAUGUUUUCGCUUGGGGGGGCAGCCUGUCUGUACUGUUCAUUCGUUCUGUCCGUCGUGUGUCCGUCUGCUGCUAAAUCCCCCCCUAGUGGGCAAAGUGCGCAAUUGUCUCUGGAAAACCCUUGAUGACGUAAUGUCUGAUGCCUGCCCUGGAUCUCUAACCAAAGGUAGCAAAAUGCACGGCCUGAAAACGAGAUGUUUGCCGUGGAAUAUACAAAAAAAAUUGAAAGAGUAAUAUUCACCCCCCCCCCACCAACUUUGAUGUUUUGCUCCAAUGUGCUCUUAGCAGGAAUAGGAAUGAUUCAAUAACGAAUUACUGAGACUUUCCAUUUUCCACUGGCAAAAAAAAAAGAAAGAAAAAAAGACAAUACCUCAGAAAAUUAUUCUGGCUUGUUAUUGCUCUACUCUUGCAAUUUAAUCACAAGCUAUAGAAGAAGCUUUGCUGCUAAAUAGGAUAUAAUGAAUAGAUAGUGUCGGUGUUCUAUGUAAUGCCAUUGUGACAUCACUGGCAAUGUCAUACACAGAAAUGCAGUCCGUUCCCUCUCGCACGGCAUGGCUGAUCGUCGCCAUGAAAACACAGAAUGUGAAAACUUACAUGCAUGUUUGUGGCUGUACAUCAUUUGCAUGCAGUGUAAAGGUUAACAGCACAUAUAAGAUAAACAAAAACAAAAAAAAAUAUACAAACAACACAUGAUGCAUAUUAACAAUAAACAGAGGAAUUUAUGUAGCAUGAGGUGUAAAAAAGGUCAGACACUUAGAUAUAUAAGAUAAUCAAUACUAAUAACGAAAGGAAAAAAACAGUGUAAAAUUCUUCGUAAAACCUUUGCAUGCGUUGUUGUGAUAAUUCCUUUACGAACUUAUUACGAGAGAAGUGAUGUUAGUUUAGAGUAGUGAGUUCUGCCAUUUUGUAACUUGAUAAUAAGUCAAGAGACGAUGUGGUGUCCUGUGGUUUUCGUGUCUUGUCUUCGUGCCGUGUGAAUCUAGUUAUGAAUUGAGGUUUCAGUUCUAGAGAAUCGUCUCUCGACAAUUAACCUUUGCCCUCCCUGAACACCCCUGAAUGCCACCCCUCAUAUUGCGAUAGAGCGCAGGACUUUAAUAUGUGUAGUUCGUAGGAAUUCGCAGAAGGAAUCGUACCCGUGGUCGUUUUGUCUGUGCGUGGUGGGUACGUGUGGUUCGUAGUUUAAUCUCCAGACGAAAUCUAUUGGUAAAAACAGACCUAGAGAAAAGAGAGGAGAGAGAUGUCACAAAAAAGGAACUCUUUCGCGAAUAGUUUUGUAGAGUUUGCAUUUUCACUCGGAUCAGUCUUAUGGACAAUCUCAACAGAAGCAAUGGCCGCUGGUGCCGUGACCCGUAGUUCGGUACUGUACCGCUCUUUCUGUCUGUAUGUCAUUCUUUUUGCACUCUAUAUAUUCUUGAGUUCUUGGCUUUGGUGCCCUUGUCGUACUGUCCAGAUUGUGCAUGUGAUUUAAUCUUUCAAGUGUCAACAGUGAGCUGAGAUUGUGUGUUUAUUUAUUGCGUAUUUACAGUUUGUAUUUAUUUGUCGACGUGUCACCUUGUUUUAGACUCUUGAGGACACGUGAUGCACUACCUUUUCGACUUCUCUCCUCUCUUUUCUCCUUUUAGAGAACCAAUCCCUCUUUCCCUGACCUUUGGAGUCGAACGCAAAACGGUCUCUUUAAUUUUGUAUCACAUCACCUUUUAUUUUAUACUAUUUGGAAGAAUUGCGACCUAUUUUAAGUCUAUUGGAUAAUUUAAAUAUCUUUAUUUUUUGCAUAAUAACUUAUUUGAUUGUGUAAGAUGCUGGACCCAGAUUCUAUUUAAGCGAUGAUGGCGAUGUGCCGUGUACUCGGAUUUAGUAGUCAAGGUGUUUCUGGGAGCUAAACAAGAUGGCCGCUUCAUCGUCAUCGGUGUCUUUCGCUCUGUCGGUGACAAGUAGCACGCUCCAUUUUCCGUGUUCCACACUGUCACGUAUGUGUGGGUUUUCGUUGUCGUCAUCGUCGUUUUGAAAAAUCAUAUUUAUUUGACUAUUUUUGUAGACAGAUAACUAUUUGAUUUAAAUUGUAUUUUUCUAUUUCCUCUCUCACUUGAUUAGCCCACGUAUUUAUGGUUACGUUCACAUGCCGCGUCACGCUGGAAGACGCAAAAGGCAGUUUCUUGAAUCAUCCGUGCAGUUAUGUGUGUUAAUGUGUGUGUAUAUGAAUCUAUUUAUGUAUUAUUGCUUAGCACACAUCGAUUUGAUUACAAUUUAAGUUGGUCGUGUAUUUAAUUUGAAGUAAGGAAGCAUUGAGGGUUUUACUAUGUUCAUGGAAAACACUUGAGACUCUCCCUGGUUAGAUGGAGGGGUAUCAGCCCUCCCCUCACUGAUACUCAGAAACUUGAAUAUAACACAUUUUGAAAGGCUUACUAACCUCGAAUCUGUGUUGUGACGUGCAAUACUGUUUCUAAUGUUUGUAUAAAAAGUGAGAAUUGCAGUGUAUACCUUUUUAAUGCAGAUUUAUUUUUUUCAUUGCAUAUUUUGCAAAUUUCUGAUUCACAGUGUCAUUUUUUACUGUCAGAAAAGAUGAAACCCCUUUUUUUCAUUGCAACUAUUUUUAAAUCCAGAUAUCUUUGUACUGAUGUAAAUGAUUGUAGUUAUUUUGGAUAGUGUUUUGCUAACAAACGGAUAAACUUUUUCAUGCAUAUUUUCUAUUUCUUUUUUGUUUGUUGGUUUGUUUUUUGUUUCUUGUUUUUUUUUUUUUUUUUUUACUCUAAUAGUAGCAAAAUAUUUGGAAUAAUUUUUCAUAUUAUAUGUCAUCAUUAUUUUGUAUUUUUAUGUGGAAAGAUAUGAAUAUAUAAUUUUAUGAUGCUAACUGCUAAAAUAUUAUUUCAAUUUGAAUUAUUUUUAAAGCUAAAAUCUUUGUAAUAUUGUUAAUGUUCUAGUUUCUAAAUCAAGAUUGUGUAUAGAUUCACACAAGUGGUUUAUGAAGUGUUCAGACUGUAAUUAUUACUGAAUGGCUCUUUGAUAUGCAAAUUGAAUAUCAUGUUGUUCAUUAUUUUGAUUUGUUUUGUAUUUAAAUGGGGUGUUGAUUACAAUCUUUUUUUUUUCAUUUCCUGAAUAAAGACCCAUUCUGUUCAGACACAA